UCCCCGUCAGACGGGGCACAAGGGGAGCCGGCGGACUUGCCCACUCCCAGGCCGGCCCCGCGCCCGGGACAGGGACCGGGCGGAGCGAAGCCGCUGCGCCAGCGCUGCGCCGCCAGUCGGUGCGCCUAGCGGAUCGGAGCUGUGCGCGGACCUGGCCUGCCCCGCCCCGCUCCACCCGCGAGGGGACAUCUUCUUGGGCAGGUAGUCGGGAUCUCAUCCUUCUUCGGCCUGAGGGUCUCCGAGAAGGGCUGUUGGAAGGAGCUUCCUUGACCUCUGACCUUCCCUACACCCUCUGCUCUCCAGAGCUCCAGCUCUUUUCCCCAGAGGUACCUGCUAGGAUGGAGAGAACUGGCCCGAGCAGAGAAGAGAUUUCUGCUCAGACCCCUGCCAGGUGGCCCGAGGCAGCCGGGAUGACAGUUCUCCCCAGGAACCCUGCUACCUGCUGAGAAACAUGAUCAGCAAGUCCCCUCCUCUGUGCAUGUGCCCUGCAGGCUGGAAGCUCCUGGCCAUGCUGGCUCUGGUCCUGGCUGUCAUGGUGUGGUAUUCCAUCUCUCGAGAAGACAGGUACAUUGAGCUUUUUUAUUUUCCCAUCCCAGAGAAGAAGGAGCCAUGCUUUCGGGGGGAGGCAGAGAGGAAGGCCUCAAAGAUCUUUGGCAACCAUUCCCGAGAUCAGCCCCUCUUCCUGCAGCUUAAGGAUUAUUUCUGGGUCAAGACACCAUCUGCCUAUGAGCUGCCUUAUGGAACCAAGGGGAGUGAAGACCUGCUUCUCCGGGUGCUAGCCAUUACCAGCUACUCCAUACCUGAGAGCAUUCAGAGUCUCGAGUGUCGCCGCUGUGUGGUGGUGGGUAACGGGCACCGGCUGCGGAACAGCUCACUGGGAGAUACCAUUGACAAGUAUGAUGUGGUUAUCAGAUUGAACAACGCCCCAGUGUCUGGCUACGAGGAUGACGUGGGCUCCAAGACCACCAUGCGCCUCUUCUACCCUGAGUCUGCCCACUUUGACCCCAAAGUGGAGAACAACCCAGAUACACUCCUGGUCCUGGUAGCUUUCAAGGCGAUGGAUUUCCACUGGAUCGAGACUAUCCUGAGUGACAAGAAGCGGGUGCGAAAAGGUUUCUGGAAACAGCCUCCCCUCAUCUGGGAUGUCAACCCCAAACAGAUUCGAAUUCUCAACCCCUUCUUCAUGGAGAUUGCAGCUGACAAGCUCCUGAGCCUGCCCAUGCGCAAAAUCAAGCAGGUGAUGAUGAAACCAACUACCGGUCUAUUGGCCAUCACCCUGGCCCUACACCUUUGCGACUUGGUGCACAUCGCGGGCUUUGGAUACCCAGAUGCCUAUAACAAGAAGCAAACCAUUCACUACUAUGAGCAGAUUACGCUCAAGUCCAUGGCGGGGUCAGGCCACAAUGUCUCCCGAGAGGCCCUGGCCAUCAAGCGGAUGCUAGAAAUUGGAGCCAUCAAGAACCUCACAUACUUCUGACUUGGGCAAGAGCUGUAACCUGUGGGUUGUCCACUCUGCUGCCUGGGUAUUCCCAUCCAUGGCUGUGGGGUGCCUGAUGCCAGCAUGAACCACCUGGACUCACUGUUCCGUGUUGGGAAGGGGGCCCAGGACUGGCGAGGUGUGAGAUGAGGCCGUGCCCCUGGCUGGUCUUGUGGGACACAGAUCCAGUCAAAGUGGAGGCACUGAGGCCAAGGCAGUCUGGCCAAGGCAUGGGGCUUGUCACCGAGGCAUCCCCUCUCUGCCAGCACCAAGAGAUUAUUUAAUGGGCUAUUUAAUUAAGGGGUAGGAAUGUGCUGUGGGCUGGUCCCAGGCAUCCAGAAAAGGGGCACAGUACAAUGUUCUGCCCACUUUUUAUAAAAUUUUUCAUAUAAUGGGCUCAUGAAGGCCCAGACCCAGAGCCAGCCUCCCAGGAGGGUGGGGGCAUUGGGAAUGGGUCGGUCCUCCAGAGAGGGGCUGCUACCUCCCAGCAGGCAUGGGAAGAGCAACGAUGAGAGGGUUCCACCAAGAAGAGGGCCUCAGCUAGAAAAGAGGUUAAAGACCAUUAAAAUAUUUUUCCUAAAACGGAGCAGUUGUGAGGCCCAGUGUCCUUUCAGGUUGGGAAGGACCCAGAUGGGGUGUGGUAGUGCACAGUCUUGCUAGACCAGAGCAGGGCAUGGUCAUUGGGGUAAUAAUUAUUACA